GUGGGAGUUGGGAUUCGGCAUAUUCACUCUUGUUUCAGAGAGCGCGCGCGCGAGGGAGGGAGAGCGAGAGAGAGAGAGAGAGAGAGAGAGAGAGAGGGAGGGGCAAAGACCGUUAGAUAAGAGCAUGAAGCAACUGCGCAAACGCACCAACGAAAGUACACGUUUGUGACAUUUUUAUUUGCCCCCUCUCUCUUUCUUCUUCGUCUUCUUCGAAUUAUUACUGUUUGCACCCAUCGUUGAUUGACCAUUCUCCAUCUUUGAACCUCUCUCUCGAAUCGAUCGACAGUUCAAGAGAAAAGGAACACACACACACACACACACACACACACAGAGGCGAUGGAUGAUGUCGUGGCUACAUCAGGAUCGUUGAUCGGGAACUCUGCGACUACUACUACUUCCUCCUCCUCGUCUUCUUCAUCUUCCUCUGCUUUCAACAAUUACCCGCUCCUCUCUGCUCUUCUCGCUUUCGCCAUCGCCCAAUUCAUCAAGUUCUUCACCGCCUGGUAUAAGGAAAGAAGAUGGGAUCUAAAGCAACUUAUUGGAUCUGGUGGGAUGCCAUCGUCCCAUUCUGCCACAGUCACUGCUCUGGCUGUAGCAGUAGGGUUCCAAGAUGGCUUUGGAGGAUCUGUAUUUGCGACGGCACUGGUCUUAGCAUGUGUUGUGAUGUAUGAUGCAUUUGGUGUGAGACUACAUGCUGGGCGCCAAGCAGAGGUUUUGAAUCAAAUUGUGUACGAGCUUCCUGCUGAACAUCCCCUGGCUGACAGCAGACCACUACGCGAGCUUCUUGGCCAUACCCCUCGUCAGGUUCUCGCUGGCGGGUUGCUGGGGCUUUCUACAGCAACUGUGGCCCACUUGAUCACCGUAGCUAUAAGUCAAGGCUGAUACAUUAUGUGCUGUCAGCUGUUGCUGUUUCUGAUCUCACUCGGAUCCUUCUGCAUGAUAGAAAUGUAGCUCCCAUAUUCUUACAGGAGUAUAGUCUUUCUCAUGUCUAAAUACCAAACAUUUGCUGCCAAUGUUUCAUUUCUUGCAUUUAAGUAGCUAGUUGCUAUCAGAAAAAGAAAAAAAGGUAGCUUCUUAGUUGUUGAACGAUAGUGCAUUAAUUAGAGAUGUAAUUUUAAUUGAUUCUAGCUUUUUGAUGAAUGAAAUUUUUUAUUUCUUAUAA